GAGGUGCCCGAGGCCGUCUACGGCGCUUCGUCCGUGACGACCCUGUCGCUCAAGUGCGGCGCGCUGCCGGUGCUGUCGCCGUCGGUCGCGCGGCUCUCGCGGCUCGCGGUCCUCGACGUCUCGGAGAACGGGCUCGCGUCGCUCCCCGCGGAGCUCGGCGCGCUCGCCUGCCUCGCGACGCUCGACGUCUCGGAGAACAAGCUGGCGACGCUGCCCGCGGAGGUCGGGAAGCUCGGGAAGCUGACGACGCUCGUCGCCUUCAAGAACGUCAUGACGGCGCUCCCCGACGCGCUCGGCGACUGCUCGGCGCUCGCGAACCUCAACCUCUACAACAACAAGCUGACGAAGCUGCCCGCGACGCUCGCGAACCUGGAGAACCUCGAGGACGUGAACCUCGGCGCGAACAAGCUGAAGAUGACGCCCAAGCUCGACAAGUGGUCCAAGGUCCGCGAGCUCCGGCUCCACCAGAAC